UAAUGUAGGUGGGUACCUGGGCGGGAGCUUUCAGUGAAAUGAAACUAAACUGAAAAACAACAAAAUGAAAACCUUUUAUAAACGGUUUUUACUUUAGACAACAGUAUGUUUGUUCAUCCAUUCGUACGUAAGAUGUAUGAGAGCGCCGCUGACACUCACAGGGCAAAAGCAAUGGCAGAAUCUCCAAAACCAAGAGAGACCAGGAGUCUGGAUUUAUCUACAUCCCUGACAUUCUCCAUUGAUCCCCUGACUGAGGAGCUCCAGUGUUCCAUCUGUCUGGAUGUGUUCACCAAUCCAGUCACCACUCUAUGUGGACACAACUUCUGCGAGAUCUGCCUAAAAGAAUGCUGGGACAACCGUCAGGACUACAGCUGCCCAAUAUGUAAAAAGACAUUCAACCAAAAACCUGAGCUAAAGGUCAAUAUAACACUCAGAGACAUUGUAGAUCACUACAAAAAGAGAAAUCAUCUGAAAAUACCUUAAGUGUUGUGUGACAUCUGUACGGUGACAAAACUGAAAGCCCUGAAGUCGUGCCCUGCGUGUCAGAGCUCUUACUGUAAGACUCACCUGGAGUGUCAUUUCAAAGUUCCAGGUUUAAAACAACACAAACUGAUCAACCCUGUAAAAAAUCUCCAGGAUCAUUUAUGUCAGAAACACGACAGACCUCUUGACCUGUUCUGUAGAGAUGAUCAGACAUGUGUGUGUGUGAUCUGCACUGUGACCGAUCACAAGACUCACAAAGAGGAGAGUAAAGAGAAGAAGAUUCAGGUGAAGAAGACACAGACAGAUGUGCAGCAAAUGAUUCAGGACAGAAUGAAGAAGACUGAAGAAAUCCAACACUCAGUAAAGCUGAGAAAAAAAAACACUGAAAAAGAGAAAGCAGACUGUGUUGAGCUGUUCACGGAUCUGAUCCGCUCCAUUGAGAGAUGUCUGUCUGAGCUGCUGGAAGUGAUGGAGCAGAAGCAGAAAGCAGCAGAGAAGAAGGCUGAAGAGCUCAUUAAAGAGUUAGAGCAGGAGAUCACUGAACUGAAGAGGAGAGACACUGAGCUAGAGCAGCUCUUACACACUGAGGAUCACCUGCAGCUCCUACAGAAUUAUCCAUCCCUGUGCAGCCCGUUAGACACCAAGAUCUGGACUGGGAUCAGUAUUAACACUUGUGUGACUGAGCUCUGCACUCUGGCUGAGCUGCAGGACACUCUAGACAAGAAACUCAAUCAAAAUGUGAUGAAGAGGAUCCAGCAGUGUGCAGUGGAUGUGACUCUGGAUCAUGACACGGCACACCCUGAACUGAUCCUAUCUAAAGAUGGAAAACAAGUGCGACAUGGAAACGUAAAGCAUGACCACCCACACAAUGACAAGAGGUUUGAUAAAUAUAUCAUUGUCCUGGGAAAGGAGGGCUUUUCCUCAGGGAGGUUUUAUUUUGAGGUGCAGGUAAAGGGAAAGGCACAGUGGAAUUUAGGUGUGGCAAGGGAAUCCAUUAACAGGAAGGGGGAGCUGCACCUGUGUCCUAAGGAUGGAAACUGGACUUUGUGGCAAAGUAGUGGAAACAUGUAUCAAGCUUGUGAGUCUUCCCGCUCUCUCUCCCUGAAUGUGAAGCCCCAGAAAGUGGGUGUGUUUGUGGAUUAUGAGGAGGGACUAGUCUCCUUUUAUGAUGUGAAGUCCAGGUCUCAUAUCUACUCUUUCACUGAGAAACUCUAUCCAAUUUUAAGCCCUUGGACUAGUGAUAAAGGUAAAAAUUUAGCACCACUUAUCAUCUCACCUGUCAGUUACAAUGAAUAAAUUACACCCAAGUAAGAGGUCCUGGAUGAAAAUGAAUUUUUUUUUUAAUAGUAUAUAAUCAUGAACCUGAAUCAAGAAAUAUGUAUGUGCUUUUGCUUAAAGAAUUAAAGGAUGUACAUUCUUAAUUUUUUUUUUUUUUUUUUCAGCAUUUUUGUAGAAAAUUAUUUUAUGCAUGUCGUAGUGAAAUGAUGCGAUGCUGACCUGUAAAGAAUCAUUCCUGUAAUGCACACUUUUUCCUUUUUCACUUAUUGCCUGGCAUAACAAUAAAUUGGAACUUUAUCCAUUACAUAUCUUUCAUUUAUUUAAACAGGUUUACAUACAAUGUCUAGAACACAUAUCACUGUAAAUAGUGAGUCAGUGUGGCAAGCAGGCCGCAGCCCAGAGCUGUGGGAACGGAGCGAGGCCGGUGGUGCCAGUGCUAAUGAGCAUCACCUGUGCUCCACAUCGGCAAAAAGCACACCAGUCUUGACUCCCACGGAGGAACUCCAGAAGGAUAAAAGGAGGAGCGACGACAGUGAAGGAUGAGAAAGGCCUGGACUUUGUUGUUUUGUUUUAGUUGGGGCAGUCGCCCGUGAGGGGCUGCCACUUCACUUUCGUUUUGAUGUUUGUUUAUUCUGUCAUUAAAAGUUAUGUUUAACGUU